AAAACGUGUGUGUGUGUGCCAAUCAUGAAUUGUCAUCAGAUACUGAGCGGCGCCUGCAAUGCGGGCGAUCGCUGUUACGCCGUCGGUUCCGUCGAGGGAAUUUCCUUCACUGCAUAUGCGGCUGGAUGCAAUAUUGUGAUCUUAGCCAACAACUUUGAGAGAGUUCAAAUAAUUCCUGGUGCAGUGCACAAUUAUAUUAGAAUCAGCUGUUUGGAUUGCAGCACAGAUACAGGAAAAAUAGCCGCAGCUUAUGAAAACCAAGUCUGCAUCUUUGAGCCAACACCACUUAUACACAGCACCUGUUCACACCAAUUAGAAUAUAGAUGGGUUCAAACCGGAAGUUUGCAAACAGAAUCGAACAUCACUUCCUUAUCAUGGAACUUGGAAGGAACAAGAUUGUUAACAGGUGGAGAACUGUUGCAAUUAUGGCAUCAAAAUAUUAUGCCAUUUCAAGAAGAACACUCAACAUUGCCUACUGCUACAAAACCGAAAACAUUACAAACAGAAGAAGCCAGCACAACUGGAAGCAAUCAUAAUGUUACAGCAAACGUUUCUCAGGAUCCUGGCGCGGUGACAUUUUCAAUCGGAGGAGAAGCCGAAAGUCCCGGACCUGGGGACACAUCUAGUGCAAAUGAUCCAGGUGGAUGGAAUUGUGUAUGGAAAUGCCGCACAGCCACACCAGUCCAUCUUAUGAGUUUCAGUCCUGAUGGCACUCUAUUCGCGACAACAGGAAUGAACGAUAGAUUGGUGAAAAUAUGGUUUGAAAACAAACAACUGUUUCCAGCAAGAAGCAUGGAUCAUACGAGUUUUUGUCAGUCUAUAGGUAGUGAUAAUUUUAGUUUCGUCUAUAUUGCACACCCACGUGCCGUAACGCAUCUUUCCUGGCGCAAGACAAGUAAAUACAUGCCGAAAGGUUCUGUAUCUAACAUGUUGGUUACCUCUUGCCGUGAUAAUAUAUGUCGAGUGUGGGCGGAAACAAUACCGCCCGAGAUAGAAGGUUUAGCUAAUAUGAGCCAGUAUGAAGGCUCCGACAGGCAUGGUCAUCAUGGCAAACAUCGUCAUCAUAAUAUGCACAAACAUCGAUUUAUGCAACGGCUGAAACAUAUGAAAACAUGUUUUCACAUUCGGCGACAUGCUAAGCAGCAGCACCAAGCUGGUCAUACAGCGCCGACUCUGCCAACGCUUCCGUCUACAUAUUCUGUACACGAUUUUCAUAACAAUUACCAAACGUCUGGUCAUUAUCCAGGAAUGCAUUUCCACCUGGCAGCUAGCAUUAAUGCAGAAACCGAUAUACCGCUAGUACCGAGCCUAAUUACCGGAGAUCCCGAAAGAGAACCGAAUUUUAUCAUACACUGGCUAAAUAACAAAGAAAUGCAUUUCACCAUGCAAGCCGAAAACAUAUUGCAGGAGUUGACUCGUAAAGUAGUGGAAAAAGAGGAAGGUUUGCAGCAUCAAGAUGCUGAACACGUAGAACAUGAUUCUGAGGAUGAAUGUGCAAAAAAGGGAGUCCGAGUCCAAACAGUUCAAAAACCAGCUGUUAGUGGUCGAUCGAUGAGCCAAGAAGAUCACAGUAGUGAUGAACACCACACUACGCAUACUACCUCAUCUCAUCACAGUUUAGCGCACAGUGCGCAGUCACAUCCGAGUCUGAGCAAUACAACCUCCAUUAACUCCAUAGCGACAGACGCGACGUCCACGAUGAACCACGUGCCGGAUUCGUUGGAUACAAAAAUCGAAACAUUGUUGCGCGAUUGGCAUCAUAAUCCGGACUUGCUGUUCUCGAUACAUCCGAUAGACGGAAGCUUCCUGAUCUGGCACAUCGAGUGGUUGGACGAAUAUCAUCCCGGAUCUUUUCGACAAGCGCAGAUCUCAUUCUCCACUCGCAUCCCGAACGCAUUUCCGCUCGGCGACGCGUCGACAAUGAGCCACAACGUAUCGAUGUAUUCUCACAACACCGGUGGACCUUUGCUGAAUAUACGAGAGGUCGCGAAAUCGUCAACCAAAACAACCGAUCCUGACGUCGCGACACCUCUGCCCAGUCUUAUAGAGCAGGAUGAGGAACAAUCUACUUUGACUUCAAAGGCGGGUCAAGAACUACUGAAGAACAUGGAAAAUACGCACGAUCAGAAUCAAGCGAAAGCUGACACUAGCGCGGAAAGUAAUAAAAACGGUCAAGACGCGGAUUUGUUAGGUCAUCCUAGUCCGAUUGUUUCUAUGGUAUCGAAACACUCGAACGGCACUUUGAAUUUGUGGCAGUUAACCUUUGCUGACAAAACCAAGUUUUCACAAGUAUUGAGUAUAGGACAUGCGUGCAGGGCUUCCGGACACCGCUUCCGCGUGAACGACAUCACUUGCCAUCCCGUUUUACCUCUGCUUGUGACAACUUCUCAUCAUAAUAUACCCGAAUUUUCUGGCUCGAUAGAAUCUAGCGAGAACAUCGCCAGCAAACACGACACUUGCAAAGACAAAGAUGUGAUGUCGCCCACUGGCUUUUGCAGCGAGUUGAUAUUGUGGCGGGUAGACGCGGUCGGGCCGCUAUCGAAGAGCGGCGGAGUUUCCGAAUUGGCGCGUAUUAAUUCGCCCGAGAUAUCGGCGUUUAGUAACGUGGCCUGGAUACCGACGUUAUUACCGAGCACCACGCUAGGCAAUUUAUCCAAUUCACCCAGCGCCUGCUUCGUAGCUAGUGAUGGUGAGUGUCUAAGAGUUUAUCAAGCUGUUAUCGACGCCCGAACGUUACUAGCCGAGGUUUCGAUCAGCGAGAGAAGAAGCAGGAUGAUGGAUUCCAUGGCCAGCCUCUCGACGGACAUGUCAUCGGAUGACGAUGUCAGGCACUCCAUUCACGAUAGAAUAAAAAUUGUGUCUCAGCAGUCGACCGCGAGACCGGGAUGCGUCAUACAGCUGGACGCUAUCGCCGAUGCCACUCACGAUUGGCAGAACACGCAGUUCCUUCAUGUCUUUCAGGAGCAAUUGAUCACGGGCGAGAGAAGCGACGAAAAGCUGCCCGGUAUCGAUACGUCGAGCAACGAUCUAGGACUGAUGGAAUCCACUCUGGACGCAAUGGUGGAUCUGCAGCAAUCGGCGAUCUUCGAAGAACCGUUUUACAUAGUUGUUCUUGAGCGCACGCAACAGGGCACCACUGUGCACAUGUGGCGAUUGGUGAUAGCGUCGCAACCCGAAACCACCGGCUUGUCGGGUUCGAUGAUGUACGUACCGGAUUCCCAUUUGGUUCAGGAUGAAGACGACGAGGGAACGCCUGGUAGAUUGAGCCACGCGGAAGGCAGACGAUCGCGCAGACCUAGUCAAACGGGUAAUCGUAGUCGUCGCGAGAGUCAAGCCGACAUGGACUCCACGUUUUUGCCUCGACGCCAUCAGAACAGCCACGUUCUCAUCACUACAACGAAAGUUUGCACUCAGGAAUUACCGUUGCCGGACGGAGUGGAGGUGAUUCACGCCGCUCCCGCCGCGGGACACUUAAGUAGUUCUUCAAUAUAUCCAGCGUGUUUCGCACCGUAUAUCAUUGUGACAGCGUGCAGCGAUAGCACUGUACGUUUUUGGAAAUGCAAAGUGACGAAAAAGCUGGACGACAAACUCGACUACGAAUGGUGCGAGUGGGAGAUGAUCAGAAAGGACCAAGAAUCCACUAUCGACAUUACCGGUCAACCGUUGAACAUAAGCGCUGCUUACAGCGGACGUAUCGCCUGCGCUUACAAAUACGGAAAGUCGUUCACACGUCCGACGAAAAGCGACCCGGACUCGCGCUACGUGAAUCUCUGUGUUGCUAUAUACGAGUGCGAGAGCACGGGCGGCAGCGAGUGGAUUCUGGAGGACACGAUACAUCUGAAAAACAUACAUCUGCCGCGUAUACCGGUGGAUCAGCAUUUGGAUCUUAGUUAUUUGUACGACAGCAGGUUCUUGCAGAAGAAGCAACGGCUUACUCAGGUACUGCAGACUCUCAGUCACGAAGACGUGAGGUCUUCGAGGAACGGGGAAAACGGUGAUUCCACGAAAGCUGGCUUGCUGGCGGUGCCGUCGUUCAGUACUCUGCAAUCUUUGCGAAAAUCGAUCAUAGAGAACGGCAACACUUGCCCGCUCACGCAGAAGCAUCUUGUUCAGCUUGAUUGGGUGUCCAAAGAGGAUGGCUCGCAUAUAUUGACUGUGGGUGUCGGUUCCAAAAUCAUGUUGUUCACUCCGGUGUGCUCGGAUCUGGCGCAAGCGAACAUGAAAGCGAUGAAGGAAUCGCAGAGCAACAACAGACCGAUACUGAGGAAGACGUCGUCGUUGGCUCAACCCCAAUUCGUCGACGAGAUCCGAUGGAUGAAGCUACGCAAGAUCGAGCUCACAACAGCGGACGGUUUACCGCCACUGCCGAUGCAAAUAUCUUGGGUGCGCGACGGCAUUCUGGUCGUAGGCAUGGAUUCCGAAAUGCAUGUGUACUCGCAGUGGAAGCCGAAUCCCAAAAACGACUGCUUCCAUUCGAAUCUGCAACAUCAAGAGUCCGACGAGUUUCAGGCGAGUCGAAAUUUGCGCGACGAGGAUCUGCGCACGUUGGCACACGAAACAUCUCAGAGGCGACUGGCGAACGUGUCUUCCAUGCCGCAUUUGUCGCGCGUCAGCAGCAUCAAUCUAACGAUGCUGGACGCCAAAAAGAAGCGCGGAAUACAGAACGAGAACCUGAGUUUCGAUUACAUGCCUGAUUACGGAUUGUUCGAAGCGUCGCGAAUAGCGUGUCCGGUUUUACCUCAGUAUCAUCCCAAACAGUUGAUGGAAUUGUUAAAUUCGGGCAAGAUCAGGUGGGUGAAAGCCAUAUUGGCGCAUUUGGUUCGAUGUAUAGGUAGUUCCUGCUCUCUGCGAGCCGACGACGAGAAUUUGGUGAAGCAGCGCGGUGGAUGGUCGCGAUCGCGAACAAUGUCAGUCAGCUAUGUGGGCACGACGUCGCCGCUAGAACCAAGAGGCUCGACCACACAGAUACCCGAGGAAUUGACGCUGGAUUACGCGGAGAUCACGUCUAUCUCCCCGUUACCGUUGUGGACUCUACUGAUGGCUGACAAAGAGACCAGUCUGCCACAUCAGCAGAACGAAGACAAGCACGAUUACAAUGAAUUGUUCGAUAGCAAUGUGGACGAGGGAGACUCGUUGGAUGAUAUGUUGGACGAGGAGUACGAAUGUUCGCGCCAGAAGGACAGACGAUCUUCGGUGCCGGAAAGGCAAGGCAUAUCUCACUUCGGCCCCAGACAAGGUCGAUUGCUGUCGCGUCUCUUGACGCACACUCAUCUUCCCGGACUGUCCAGUCUCGAUCAGAUGCAUCUGCUCGCUUUGGCGGACACCGUGUCGACGUGUAAUGUCGAUUUCGCGGAGAGAUUUGCGAUCGAUGCGGCGAAGAACGCAAUCGCCAAAGAAAAUCUCACAGGUAUUCCGGACGGCGAGACCGUGUCCACCGACUCGUUAGACGACUGCGGCCUCAGAUUUCUCCUUGCGAUGAAACACUACAAUUACUUGAUACGUUGCUUGCCGCUAGUGCAGAGAGCACAGUUUCAGAAACAAGGCAUCGCGUCAAACAAUCUCGUGUGGGCGUUCCACUCCGAAUCAGAGGAGGAACUGCUGGGUUUGAUUCCAUCGUACGCAAAAGGUCAACCGAAGUGGUCCGUGCUAAAGGAACUCGGCGUUGGCUGGUGGAUCAGGAGCAACACGGUGCUGAAGAAGUGUGUGGAGAAAAUAGCAAAAGCUGCUUUCCAAGACAAACAAGAUCCCCUGGACGCAGCUAUUUAUUACUUGGCGAUGAAAAAGAAGAAUCUGGUGUGGGGUCUAUUCAGGAACAAGCGAGACGAUCGAAUGACCACCUUCUUUUCAAACAAUUUCGCCGAGAACCGAUGGAGAAAGGCGGCUCUAAAGAACGCUUUUGCUCUACUCGGCAAACAACGAUUCGAUCACGCGGCAGCAUUCUUUUUGCUAGCUGGUGCGCUGAAAGACGCCAUCGACGUGUGUUUGAGCAAACUGAACGACAUUCAACUAGCGAUGGUGAUAGCCAGAUUGUACGAGAACGAUACCUCGUCUCCCAAUAUGAGAAGAUUGUUGUACGAAGAGAUCUUGGGUUGCGACAAGGACGGGCAAAAUCAGGACAUGAGCAGAGUGCAUCCCGAUCCCUUCUUACGUAGCAUGGCUUUGUGGAUUUUGAAGGAUUAUUCCGGUUCUCUCAACACUUUACUUUUGACCAAUGUUGGCCACAUGCAUCCGCAAUAUGACGACGAGUCCGACAAACCGGAGGGAACAACAGCGAAUCCCAAUGUCUUCAACUUCUACGUUUAUCUUCGCACACACCCGUUAUUAAUCAGACAGUACAUUGCGUCCACAGCACAAGACAAGAAGAAAGGACAUUCGGUAGUAAUCUCAGGAUUCAGUUACGGCACGGAAACCAAGAGUCAACCGGACAAACAGUUGUUAUUGGAAGAUAGUAUCACACCGUUGGAAAGACAACUAUAUUUUACAACAGCGCACGCACAUUUCAAAGCCGGCUGUCCAGCUCUUGCUCUCGAAGUUUUGUCCAAACUGCCUAAUAAAGUUUUGGAUACGAACGGCGAGGACUCUCCGAGCUUACUAAACAGCCCGAGCAAGUCCAGGGCUCAAGAUACUCAAAUAGAUACCGGUAUUAUUGAUUGGGGAAAUGAAUCGAAGGCGGUAAACAAUGAUAACGAAAUAGUUAGCUCAGUAGAUUGGGGUGCGUCAUCAUUUGAUUGGUCCCAGAGCGGCAGACGCAUGGACGAGGAUAAAUUAGAAUUAAAUUGGGAUGAUGAUGCGGGUGAAGAUGAGGAUGCCGAUAGUCCUCCUAUGAGUAUGAAACUUGAUAAAAAAGAGGAAAAGAAAGAAGAAGAUAACACACAAAAGGAUAUUGAUAAUGAGGACUUAGCAAAGACGGCUGGCCAAUUGGAUAUUAUGGCGCAACAAUUAAAAUUCGUGGCUUGCCUGAAAAUUUUAAUGGAGGAAUUGUCGACUUUAGCUACGGGUUUCGAAGUAGAUGGAGGCCAGCUGCGAUAUCAAUUGUACGUGUGGCUGGAACGAGAAGUAGACGCAUUGAGGCAACUUUGCAAUUACAGUACCAACGUAGACGGAGAUAUGAACAACGUAACAGAAUAUGAAGGCGGUAUGGUUGACGAUGUGCCGCCAUACAAGCCCGGUGAACAACCAACAUUACAUCAAAUAUUGGUGGCGGAGAAGUUGGACUUCGAAGCUAAAGUGCAAAGAGCUGCUAAGAGAAAGAAAUGGCUGAAAGCUAAUGAAACGUUGCUGAGAACAUUACUGUCUUACUGUUCAUUGCAUGGCGCAUCAGGCGGUGGCCUCGCGUCAGUGAGAAUGGAAUUGGUACUUUUGCUACAGGAAUUGCAACAAGAAAAGACUCAACAGCAAUUGCUCAGUCCUCUUCCUUUCCCUACUACCCUACCUCUAUUGAGUGCCAGCGUUGCUUGCAACAAAACCGUCGUAGCUGAUCCAGUUCGACAUCUGCAGUCUCUCGCGCAUGAUAUGCUGCAAACACUAGUAGAGCUCCGCAACCUGCCGAUGCCUAACAGAAAUACGCAUUAUUGCGAAGUAUUUAUUAUGAGAGACUUAGCAGUGGCGCUCAGUGCCUGUAUUUACCAAUCGCUUUGUGAUUCGGAUACAUUCGUAAUGAAGCAUCAUCAACCAGAUAGCUUCCCGACGGUCGCAGAAGUGGAAACAUUUUCGGGUGGUCACUUGGUAGCCUCAAACAGGUACCACCGACGAUAUUCAACGGACGAUGGUGUAUGCAUAACUACCUCACCUUCCAAGUGGCCGGGAGUGACGAAUUUACGAGCGUUGCUAGCUCGCGAGAAAGACGAGGACACCCCGAAACUCAAUAUUCUGCUCUGCGAAGCUUUUGUAGCAACAUACAUGAGUCUGUUUAUUUACGCUCUGUCAAGUUGCGACAGCCACAUUUUGUACAGGCUGGUCGGACAUCACUUCGACAACAACACAUGGGCGAGUCUGUUUGGUGGUGGAGUCAAGAAGCUGCUGCGCGUUGCGAGCACCACCAGUAGCCAGGGUGGUAACUCAAUCAGCGUCGAGCGAGCCGACAGCGUGGCGAGCGAGAUUCAGAACACCGCCAGCGGCAUGUGGAACACCAUGACGUCGCUGACGAAACAGCGCGUCAAACUUAACAUGAAGCUACUAGGACAAUUUACGGGUCAACAGCCGAAUAUGAAGGAAGAUAAACCUACGUAUAGAGAACAAUUUGUUUCGCCGCAAAUGAGUAUGAUUUCCUACUUUCUCAUGAAGCCACGCAUAGAGACUGAAUACGCCGACGAUAUUGAUUAUGAUUCUUCCGAUUCCGCCGUGUCGGACCUGGACUCUACGGACGACGAGGAAGACGUGUUCGAGACGAGUUCGAAACCAAAGAGCAAACCAAAGGAUAACACGGAACAUAGUAACUCUAAUUCGUACAGUUGGAGCGUAAUGAGAUUAGCGAUAGUUAAAAUACUGCAACAACAAUUGCAGGAUUUCCUAACUGUUGCCGGCAUAGAAAUGCAAGAAUUACCUGUAAGUAGUCCACUGGUCCAUGGUACGCUAGGCAUUGUCGCACAAUGGCAAGAUUCUUUACGCGAAGAAUUAGAAUUCAAAGGUCCGCCACCAGCGAAUUACAUACCAGGCUGUGCACCAGAUCCCUCUCCUACGCCGGGAAAACCAGCUAUACACAAAUAUCGAUCUUUGCUAGAGAAAGGAAACACACCCUUUAACACGCGAUUGGCGUCCGCAGCGCCUGCGAAUCGCUUAUGGUGUUAUUUAGUCAGACAAGAGUUGGUUCAAGAUAUCUUCAUUCGCGCGGUAUUCGGAAAACGAAGAUCUCUGUCGACAAUACUUGAAAGCAAUCAGUCGGCCGUUGAUGGUGUGCACCGUGGAACUGGAGAAGACAAGGGUAGUGAUAGUGGCACUACAAGCUUACCAGAACCAGUUAGGAUCAUCCAUAAAGAACAAGAUAGCAUCAGUGCCUUCUGUCUCAAUCAGGUAAAUCCAGGUUUAAUGGCCCUUGCUACGCCUCGAGAAGUACAGGAAAUGAAUAUUUCUCUACUACUGGAACUUCCGUCGUGGUUGGAAGAUGAAUGCGAAUUCGACAUUAUUAACUUAAACAAGCAGCCUGAUCCGGAACCUGUACAGCCAACUAGUUUCCUAGUUAUACAAACAGCAGCAGAUCGUCCCUUGUUAGCACAAAGCCCUCAGCAGAACAGUCCCCAACCACAUUCAGGUAUAGCCAGUCAGAGUGGACGUGGUGCAAGUGUGAUGAAGGGGAUGCCUGCUUUUCCUGGCUCCCACGACCUGCGUUUCUGUCAAUUUGUCGCUGAUAGGAGCAAACACUUGUUAAAGCCGAUUCUGAAGCACAAGAUCGACGGGAUCCGAAGAAUUUCUUCUCAUCCGCUCUUGCCGCUAUAUUUGACUGGAUCGCAAGACGGUUCCGUUUCGUUGUGGGAAUGGGGACAUCAGACGUCGGUCGCUACGCCGCGGGCACCGGGCACCUUCGCCAAAGUGACUCGCGUGCGAUUCUCCCAGCACGGCAACAAGUUUGGCGUGGCCGAUUCCGACGGCCACCUGAGUCUGUUUCAAGUGGCUUGUCGGGAAGGAACGGCUCGACCAUUCUUUACUUAUCAGUGUCACAGUAAAGUGACCUCGGACUUCGUCUUUCUCGGCGCGUGCAGUCUCGUGGCCACCGCGGGUCACGGUUCGGAAGGACGAAAUGUCGCGUUGUGGGACACGUUGUUACCGCAAAACAAGUCUCUUGUACAAGGAUUCACGUGUCACGAGCAAGGAGCAAGCGCAUUGAUCCUGGCACCGCAGCAUCAGUUGCUAAUCAGUGGCGGCAAGAAAGGUGAUAUUAAUAUAUUCGACGUACGACAACGGCAACAAAGACACAGAUUCCAGGCACAUGAGUCGGCCAUUAAAUGCCUGGCGCUUGAUCCGCACGAAGAAUUUUUCGUUAGUGGGGCAGGUGAUGGUGAUAUUAAGAUAUGGGGUUUGACCGUCCAUUCUCUCCUCUAUUCGUUUCCUGCUGAGCAUCCACGGUCCAGUUUCUUCAAAAAUAUAGGCCAGGGUGUUACUCAGUUACACGUAGACUCUGCGGGUCGAUUGUUCUCGUGUGGGGCGGAUGGUUCGAUGAAAGUGCGUCAACUGCCAGAACGCGAUUGUGUAAUACAAACGCUUUAUUAGAAUUAAAAAGCAAACUACGUGAAACACGAUGAAAGAGAAAAUAACCAUGUAAGUAUAUAUUAUAGAUUACGCGAAAGAGUCGAUAUUUAUUAAUUAUAUAUGUACAUAUAUAAUUAUAGUUUAUAUAAUCAUAUAUGUACAUAUGUAUGUAUGUGUGCACAAGAGAGUGAAAGCAAAUCGUUAAAGAAAUUUAUGCAAUUCAUUGAUAAUCGUUGUUGUACAAUAUACCCCCACUACUUGUACAUACAAACACUAUGUGCAAACGUUAUAGUUAAUCGUUUGCAUAGUUGGUGUUGUAACAAGUGCGCUAUAUAUAUAUAUAUGAAAACUGUUAUAUUUAUAAAUAUAUAUAUAUAUAUAUAUAUACACAUAGUUUUGUUUCGAGAAUUACUUUACUCUUAUGUAAGUAGUGAAUUCUGCACGAACAUCGUUGUUAUUGUCCAAACUUGAAGGAAAAGCUGAAAUGUACGUGUAUAUAUUUUAUGUAUACACACAAAUAUACAUGGAUGUCCCAAAUCUACCAAAAUUAUUUUAAUGACAGAUUUUUUUUUGGAACAUCUUAAAAUGAGAAAAUGUCACAUGAAUCCUAUAUUUAUUGAAUCAUCUUUUAACUGCUUGCUGCUUCACCUUACUCCUAACACGCAAGUGUCAGCUUUGUGAGUUUUAAUUGCGUACAAUUCGAGAACUCGUGACGAGUCUCAACAUUUUCGUAUUAAGGUGUUCCAAAGGCAUUAAAUUACUUUCUGGUAGUUUCGGCACAACUUGUACACAGUAUACACUCUUAGGUGGCUUAUUAAAGCGUUUUCCUUGUUUAAAAAAAGAAAAAAGAGAAAAAAAACCAAAGCAAAUAAUCGUAAAAACGACACUGUAUUUUUCUUUAGAAUAUAUGUAUCUCGUAUGAAGCAGCAGCAAAUAGUACUAAUGAUCAUUCCUUUCUCACAUGAAAGUAUAAUAAACUAAAUGAUUCGAUGAAGAGAUCACAUGUAUAAUAUAUAAUAAUCUUCUCGUAUUUUAAUAUAUAUAUGUAAAAAACUAUGUGUAUUUUAUAAAUAAGUUGAUGAGGUUAACUAUUUAGCUAAUGAUGUCUAAUUUUUGAACGACGAUCAAGCUGAUCUUAAUUACGAUCACGAUAUUGUAGUGAAAUGAGUUAUUUCGUUACGCGCUAGAGAGGGAAACCCCGGUUUUCUCGUGUAUUAUUUGUCGCAAAAUAUAGAGAGAAUGUGUGCAGACGUAAGUUAUUGUGUCAUAAAUAUAGUUCGAUAAAUUCAAACGAGUCCUCGUGUAUUGAAAGUAUUCUUCUUCGAUGCUUUCUCCCAUCGUCGGUAUUCUGCAGAAUUAUAAUAUUAUAUAUAUAUAUA